GUUGACUAUUGCAAACUGUACACAACGAGACAGAAUGUCACACAGUGUCUAUCUAGAUGUUUGAUCAUAUUUAAUGACUGGGACUAAGGUUAAAACAGUAGACUUCUGAUCAAACAUCGCCGCUUGCAAUAACUCGUCAUUCUGUCAAAGUGAGUAACAACACACGGUACAAGGAAUACUGACAUUGUGGAUGAACAAUGACACGACUGGUACUACUCCUCGUUGCGCUGCUGUGUCCAGUCUUUGCGUCGAGGAGAACGCACUUACCAAACUAUUUACGAAAAUAUGCGCAAGGUCCAAAUAUAUGUGUUGCUCAACAAGUGUUUGGAACCAAAGACAAAUAUUAUUCUGAUUGUCUUGGAACGUCGUUCAGACAAAUUUGUGAAAAACCAACAUUUAUAAGCUUUCAGUGCUGUCCUGGUUAUAAGAAGGUCCGAGGACAGAGAGGAUGUCCAGAAAGUUUACCGGUAGAGAAUUUGUACCGCACAGCCCACGGCGUGGGUCUCAUUGAAUUCAGCAAGUACGUCCGGAAGGCUGGGUUGGUUAAACAGCUGUCCGAGCAGGGAGCCUACACAUUGUUUGCACCCUCCAACAACGCAUUCCAAGAGGCGUCAAAGCAUAUAAAGAAGGCUUUGACACCAAAGGAUUUGAAUGAGCCGUCAGCACUUUUGUAUCAUAUGAUUCCCGGACGUUUUAACAUCACCAAAAGUAAGCGUGGGAAUUUUGAGAGGACGACUCUUUAUAAAGACAAGAAAUUAAGGAUAAAUAAGUAUGCCUUCGGGGUAACCACGGUGAACUGUGCCAGGGUGGAGCGCACAGACCAACUUGCUACCAACGGAAUCGUUCAUGUUAUUGACAAAGUCAUCCACCCGCUGGAUUCACAGGGUUCCCUUGCCGAGAAGAUAUUCCGUGACAUGGAGUUCACCCAGUUCCAGCUGGCGUUGUUCACGUCUGACCUGGCCAACCAGCUGCGCGCCGGUGGGCCCUACACGGUGCUCGCACCUACCAACGAGGCGUUCGCGCGCCUACCCAACGACUUGCUCGACAGGAUCCUUACAGACGCCGACACCGCACAAAAGGUGCUCAAACACCAUAUCAUAAAGGGUGUGUACUGCAACGACGCCGUGGUGAUCGCCAUGGGGCUGAAGACUCUCGACAAUUCUUUCAUAAUGAUGCGAUGCAAGCGUGACGGCGUUUACUUCGGAGAUUCCAAGGUGGUCGAAGGAGACAUCGUUGCAGAAAAUGGCGUCAUUCACGCCGUGGAUAAAGUUAUGAUUCCAGAUUCAGUAAAAACUGUUGACGAGUUUGUGAAAGACCUACACCUCGACACAUUUUCGGAUUUAAUGGUGCAGUCAAACUUUACAAGUUUCUUCAAAGGUUCUAAAAACAUCACCCUUUUGGCUCCAACAGACCGUGCCUUUAAGAACUUACACCCUCGAUAUCUGGCGGCGCUGAGAACACAGCCGCUGGCGACCAAACAAUUCAUGAACUAUCACACGAUUCAUGGAGAACUGACUUCGGACAAAUUUCUCGGAGACACGGAUAUCACGUCCGAUUUAGAUGAGGCGAGACUGUCUGCGCAGAUCCACGUUAAUGUCUACAGAGGUGGACUAGUGGUGAACAAUGCCAGGAUCACAUCCAUGGACCAUACCUGUGAGAAUGGAGUAGUCCAUAAAAUUGACAAGGUUCUCAUGCCUCCUCAAGAUUCCAUCAUGGAAAUCAUAGCAAAAGAUCAUGAACUAAGUAUACUACACCAAGCCCUGGAAACAACUGGCUUAACUGAGAUUUUGAGCAGUCCGGGACAAUAUACAAUGCUGGCACCAACCAAUCAAGCAUUCCGAUACAUCAGUAGAAAGCGUCUGGCGAAGCUCAUGAAAGAUCCUCCCAAAUUACGACAAAUUCUCGAGCGACACAUCAUCAACCGAAUGGUUGUGGAGUGCUCCGUGGACCCCAAGAUAAUAUACAGCAUCGACUCACGGCAAGGCGACCCCGUCGACUUCACUCACAGGACUCACGGAUUGACCGUCAACAAGAAGUAUCGCUUUAAAUCAAAAGAAAAGCUGGCUACAAAUGGUGUCCUGUAUAAGCUGAGUAGAGUGCUGCCGUGCUCGUGCGAGCCGCAGUUACGUACAUGAUACAUCAUCAUGGUUGCGAGCCGCAGUGACGUACAUGAUACAUCAUCAUGGUUGCUGCACCGUAUCUGAGUUUGCUUAUGUAAAUAACAUUUUAAGAUCAGUUAUUCAUAGUUCUGCCUGUUCCAUUUGAUGGAAUGAUUAAUGUUAAAUACACUUUGACUUUUAAUCGUCAGUUAAUAAAUUAAACACGUGUUGUA